CCUCUUCUACUACUACAGGAUGGAGGACGAGGCGGUGGUGGACCGCGGGGCGUCCUUACUCAAACACCUUUGUGACGAGGAGGAGGUAGAGGGUCACCACACCAUUUACAUUGGAGUGCGUGUUCCUAAAAGCUCUCGGCGUCGGAGGCGCCACCGCCGGAGAACCAGCCACAAGGACAGAAAGGAGAAGUUGACGGGGAGCGAGUUUGACAAGUCGGACACAGAAAACAACGACGAGGCCAGCAACAGCAUCCUCAAACCUCUCAUCUCGCCGGCAGCCGAGAGGAUCCGAUUCAUCUUAGGGGAGGACGAUGACGGCCCGGCGCCCCCGCAGCUCUUCACCGAGCUGGACGAGCUGCUGGAGGUGGACGGGCAGGAGAUGGAGUGGAAAGAGACGGCCAGGUGGAUAAAGUUUGAGGAAAAGGUGGAGAAAGGAGGGGAGCGUUGGAGUAAACCCCACGUGGCGACGCUGUCCUUGCACAGCCUGCUGGAGCUGCGCACCUGCAUAGAGAAAGGCACCAUCAUGCUGGACAUGGAGGCUUCCACUCUCCCUCAGGUUGUUGAGAUGAUCACUGACAACCAGAUAGAGAUCGGCCAGCUGAAAGCAGACCUGAAGGACAAGGUGACGUACACGUUGCUACGGAAACACCGCCACCAGACCAAGAAGUCCAACCUCCGCUCUCUGGCCGACAUUGGGAAAACGGUUUCCAGCGCAAGUAGGCUGUUUUCCAACCAGGACAACGAUAGUCCGACAACGCCUCACAAGAACCUGACAUCCAGCAGCAUGAAUGACAUCUCUGACAAACCAGAGAAAGACCAGCUGAAAAACAAGUUUAUGAAGAAGUUGCCAAGAGACGCGGAGGCCUCCAACGUUCUGGUGGGGGAGGUGGACUUCCUGGACGCCCCGUUUGUGGCGUUUGUUCGUCUGCAGCAAGCCGUGAUGCUGGGAGCGUUGACCGAAGUUCCCGUUCCCACAAGGUUUUUGUUCAUACUGCUUGGACCCAAAGGCAAAGCAAAGUCAUAUCAUGAGAUUGGCAGAGCAAUCGCCACACUGAUGUCUGAUGAGGUCUUUCAUGAUAUUGCCUACAAGGCGAAGGACAGGCAGGACCUGCUGGCCGGGAUCGAUGAGUUCCUGGACGAGGUGAUUGUUCUUCCUCCUGGAGAGUGGGACCCCACCAUCAGGAUAGAGCCUCCCAAAUCUCUACCAUCCUCUGAUAAAAGGAAAAACAUGUACGCAGGAGGAGAUUCCCAGAUGAACGGAGACAUGCCUCAUGAUGGCGGUCAUGGAGGAGGAGGCGGGCACGCUACGGGGGAUGAGCUGAAGAAGACAGGAAGGUUUUGUGGUGGUCUCCUUCUUGACAUCAGGAGAAAAGCGCCUUUCUUUAUCAGUGACUUCACCGACGCUCUAAACAUUCAGGCCCUGUCGGCCAUUUUGUUUAUUUACCUGGGAACUGUGACAAACGCCAUCACCUUCGGUGGUCUGCUGGGGGACGCUACAGAAAACAUGCAGGGUGUGCUGGAGAGUUUUCUGGGCACUGCCAUCGCUGGUGGCGUUUUCUGCUUGUUGGGGGGUCAGCCUCUCAUUAUUCUGAGCAGCACCGGUCCGGUUCUGGUGUUUGAAAGGCUUCUCUUUAACUUCAGCAGGGAUAACGAUUUCGACUACAUGGAGUUCCGGCUGUGGAUCGGCCUGUGGUCGGCGUUCUUCUGCCUGGUGCUCGUUGCCACUGACGCCAGCUUCCUGGUGAAGUACUUCACCCGCUUCACGGAGGAGGGCUUCUCCUGUCUCAUCAGCUUCAUCUUUAUCUACGAUGCCUUCAAGAAAAUGAUCAAAUUAGCUCACCACUACCCCAUCAACUCAGUGUACAGCACGGAAAACAUCACGCGGUACGGAUGUCUCUGCAUGGGCCCCACGCUCUUAGAAAAUGAGACGGAGCUGCUUGACGAUCCUUUAGAAGACACGUCAGUGUGGUACAUGAACUACACAGGCCUGCCACCAAACCGCUCAUGGUCGAGCCUCACCAUGUCAGAGUGUUUAAUGUACAAAGGAGAGCUGGUGGGAGAGGCGUGUGGCUACGUCCCAGACAUCACCCUCAUGUCCUUCAUCCUCUUCUUCGGUACCUACACCACCUCCAUGUGUCUUAAGAAGUUCAAAACAAGCCCCUUUUUCCCCACCACUGUGAGGAAACUCAUCAGUGACUUCGCCAUCAUCUUGGCCAUUCUUAUCUUUUGUGGAGUUGAUAUUUUCGUGGGAGUUGACACUCCUAAACUUAUCGUGCCAACCGAAUUUAAGCCAACAAGCCCGAAGCGGGGUUGGUUUGUGCCCCCGUUUGGAGGAAACCCCUGGUGGGUCUACCUGGCCUCCGCCCUGCCUGCUCUCCUCGUCACCAUCCUGAUCUUCAUGGACCAACAGAUCACCGCUGUGAUUGUCAACAGGAAGGAGCACAAGCUAAAGAAAGGGGCAGGUUACCAUCUGGAUCUGUUCUGGGUGGCGGUUCUGUUGGUGGUUUGCUCCUUCAUGGGCCUGCCGUGGUAUGUGGCCGCCACCGUCAUCUCCAUCGCCCACAUCGACAGUCUGAAGAUGGAAACGGAAACGUCGGCGCCGGGAGAGCAGCCCAAGUUCCUGGGAGUGAGAGAGCAGAGGGUCACUGGAGUGUUGGUGUUCAUGCUGACAGGACUGUCUGUGUUCAUGUCUCCAAUUUUAAAGUUUAUCCCCAUGCCGGUCCUGUAUGGAGUCUUCUUAUACAUGGGAGUUGCUUCUCUUAAUGGAGUUCAGUUUAUGGACCGGCUGAAGCUGCUGCUGAUGCCGGCCAAGCAUCAGCCGGACCUGGUUUACCUGAGGCACGUUCCCCUCAGGAAAGUCCACCUCUUCACCUUCAUCCAGAUCCUCUGCUUGGCUCUGCUCUGGAUCCUCAAGUCCACCGUGGCGGCCAUCAUUUUCCCCGUCAUGAUUCUUGCUCUGGUUGCUGUCAGGAAAGCCAUGGACUACAUGUUCUCCCAGCACGACCUGAGCUUCCUGGACGACGUCAUUCCAGAGAAAGACAAGAAGAAGAAGGAGGAUGAGAAGAAGAAAUGUGGCAGUGUGGACAGUGAUGGUGAAGAUGAGAGAAGCCCCUGUCAUUCCUUGAUCGACACACAUCGUGCUGAGCAGCUCCGCUUCUACCAGGACAGCUACUUAUCCAGCCCGGAGAUGACCCCGCUGAAGUCAGUGCCUCAGAUCAGGAUAGACAUGGAGCCGGAAGACGAAGACACGUUUUACUGGAGGGGCCGGGGAUCCGAAACGUCGCUGUAGACCACCAACCUGCAGCUUCCUGUCAAAUUAAUCUUAACUUUCUGCUUCUUUUAUGAUUUUAAGAGGUUUGUUUUGAAUUGCUGGGACUUAAAAAGGGAUAAUUUUUAAAUACGUCUGUCUUCACCGUCAUGUUGGUAUUUCUCUCACACCUUCACAGUCUCACUUGUUGAUUAAAUAUAACUCCUUACUGCUGAUCUAUGCAACUGCUGCCACAGUAAAUGCUGCAGCGCUCUCACUAAACAUGGAGUGCCGUCCCAUCUCUUUUUAUACACUCAUAUAUAUAUAUGUAUAAAUACAAAUAUGACCUUUCAGAUUUUUUUAUAUAAACUGAACUACUCUAACAUUUUCCUGUAGCAGGAAAGUUAUGUUUUUAUAGCUCUACCUCUUGUUUUAGAUUCAAAUCUUAUUAUGAACAAAUAAUUCUUGGAGUUUUGAGAUUUUCUCUCUGUCCUUUCCUAGAAUUGCAAUAAUUUAAGAAAUGUGCUGUAUUAUAGCUUGUAAAGGAAGUAAAAUAGAGAUUUAAUAUAAUUAACUAUAAGUUAACAGAGCACAGUUGAGUGUGCUGAUUUGAUUGCUUCUGUUUGUUUAUAAUCAAAUCUUUUACACCUUUUCUUCCAAACUGUUUUUUAUUAACAUAUUUUUGUUUUCUGUUGAUUUUUAAAAAGUGAUCAUUUUCUGUAAAUGUCGGUCACAUUUCCUGUGUAUUUUUCUAUGAUGUGGGUAGAAGAUGAUCAUAAUCAUCCAACCUUUCUCAUCCAAACUGGAACCUGAACUGGGAAUGCAGAUCAUAUUAAUACAUGACUGUGCUGCAUAAACUCCUGUACCUAAGUGGCCCAUAAAGGAUCAAUUUGAACUGGAAGAAAUGAAGGAAACAAGAUGUGGAAAUGAUAUUCAUGACGGCUUGUGUUCACAGCAGGAAUGUGUGUAUUUUAUCAGCUGUCAUCUGAUUUAUGGGUUGUUUUUGUUCAGUGUCAGUAAAGAGCACCUCUAUCUCAGUUGUAGGGUUUUAUAUAUCAGGACAAAAUAUCCUUCUGAACUCUGAAAUUGGUUUAAAUGUGACCGCAAAGGUGAAAAAAAGUCAAAAAAGAUACUUUUCUCCAACUGGAAAAUGAAUAGAGUUCAGACUGUUGGAAAAUUUCAUCAUAAUUCUUCCAAACUUGGUGGAUCAUUGCUGACGUCUCCAUAUUAGCACACAAAGAUCAUGUUUUCAUACAGAUGCUCACUCUGAUCCCUCUAUUUUCAAUCCUUCACUUUGUUUUCCAACUCAACGCUCUGCAGGUUUUCCAGUGGAGUUAUUAGUUCACCGCCUGUCAGAAAGCUGCAGAGGAAAACUGACACUUUAUUGUUAAAUUAACUUGAGUCUUUCUAGAGAAGAAAAAAUGGUUUAUUGUAGAAUUUCUAUUUUUCAAAUGAAAUGUAUAUUGAAAAUAAACGGUUAUCAAACACC